GAAACCUUGGGCAAAAUGGGGCCGUCUUUGCUCUGUUGACAGUAGUUUUUUUUUGCCGUGAAUCGUGAAAGGAAAACAACUGUUACGUGAACUACUAUUCCGAGUCCGCUGUCUCCGUGUGCCGGCCCUUGAGCGCAUAAAUGGCAGCUUCAGCACAGGCAAGCCGCGGGCUCACCGCUCUGUUCAAGCGCGGCUGGAACGAGAUUCCAGAGGUCGUCGGAUCAUCCGUAAUUGCCCUGAUCGGUAUCGGCCUGAGCGUGGUCGGAUUGACCAACUAUUACCGUAAAGAUGCCGAUAACCGCCGCUACAAGCUCACGUACGUGGUGAUGCGCCCCGAGGAUCCCCGGGCAGCCAAAAUUCGCAAGGAUUAGUAAUUGCGUCUUCGGACAAGCGGCGGCGCGAGUAAUAAUUGUAAUAAAUUGAAGUUCCCGAUGCGUAAAUCUUAAAUCAAGCCACCAA